UUUGUUCGGUUAUAUUUCGCUAUUCUUCCAAGUCAUGCUCUCAGUGUCACAAAAGUUUAAAAAGUUUGGUUGUUUUCAUUUUAUUGUGGUGACGCUGAGGAAUUUUAUAGUAAUUUUGGUGUCCGGUGGCCAUAGGCUUCAUGGUGAACGUCGUCGGCACCAUCUCGUUCGUCUUCUACUGUCCGCCUUCGCAUGCACUCAACCAAAUUUAAUUCGUCUACAACCAUUUCGUCAAAACCACGUUUUCUGUGCUCGUGUCAAUUUUAUCACCUGUUUGGGUGGUCACUUGCCAACAGCCAUUGUGAAUAACACGGUUUUCAUUAAUAUGAAAUUUGUUUUUAUUCAUGUGUCCUUUGCUGUAAACCUGAACUUCGUUCGUGACUGUGGUUCAGUGGUCGCAUGCACACAGGGGCUGGAUUAUUUUGUAUUACCUUUUUGUAUUAAUCACAUCUCCGGUGUAGUCGCGUGGGAUGAAAUCCGCCGUCGAACACGGUCACAUCAUGUGCAUAUUGGUCAACCAUAUCUGUUUUCAUUGUUGGGCCCCUUUUACUUGGGUACUCGAGAGGGCCCCGGGGUUGCCGCCCCGACCCUCCUUUAAUUCAGCCAUAUCACUAUAAUUAUUUAAUCUGUUAUAUUAACCGAUUGACACGUUAUUUUAUUUGGA